GGUCAGAAAUUUCGCCGUGGUCCGAGCUGAAAAAAGCGUCGCUCGCGUGGUGGCGCCUAUGUGAGAGUGCGCGUGCGUCGCGUCGCUGGCGUCGGGACGGUGCGCCCGGCCGGACCCGGGGGACCAGCCAGUGCCGCGCCGACUACCACACGACCGAUCGAAAUGCCGAGCUGAUAUUUAUUAAUAUCCGAAGCCAAGAGCGAGCUCUAGCGUGCAAGACGCACAACGACAUUGUGAGUGGUGAUGACGAGGGUGAGUGACGGUGCGUGGUGAGCAUGCAACAGGCGAACCAGGUGGGGGACAACGGGGGCUCCUCCCCCGCGGCCACCGGGGCCACGGGCACGGCCACCACCCGGAGCCACGUGAACGGCGGCCGCUUCGACUUCGAUGACGGGGGCACAUACUGCGGCGGCUGGGAGGACGGCAAGGCCCACGGACACGGCGUCUGCACCGGCCCCAAGGGUCAGGGGGCCUACUCCGGCUCCUGGCACUACGGAUUCGAAGUCUCCGGGGUCUAUACUUGGCCGAGUGGGAGUUGCUUCGAAGGGCAAUGGCAAAAUGGUAAAAGACACGGAUUUGGUGUGGAGACUCGAGGUAGAUGGAUUUAUCGGGGGGAGUGGACGCAGGGUUUUAAAGGACGAUAUGGAGUGCGACAGUCAAACACGUCGACGGCCAAAUACGAAGGAACAUGGGCGAAUGGCUUACAAGACGGUUACGGGUCUGAAACAUACGCCGACGAUGGCACUUAUCAAGGACAAUGGCUGAGAGGCAUGAGACAUGGCUACGGUGUAAGGAACAGUGCACCAUUCGGCAAAGCGUCCAAAUAUAGAGCAAACAAGACAUUAAGGGCGUCACUAACGUCGCUACGCAGUAAUGAAGGCAAUACGGGUGCAAAUCCAGAAGCAGCUGAAAAAAGAGACCGGCGAGUUGAUGAUUCCAGAGGAGGCUUCGUCCUUAAAAUGAACUCGUCUGAACCCACGAAAAGGAGGCAAUCCCUCGGCUCCGGAAAUAUUAAAAAAGGAUUGCUCAUGGGGUUGAAAUUGAAAAAGCAACGAAGUACUGGCGAUUUAGAAAAAAGAGGUGGUGGAGGAUCUGGAAGUAUCAGAUCGACAGGAUCAUCAGCCUCUUGGGUUAGCACUGAUUCGGCACAAUCAGGCAUGACCAACGCUUCUAUACCGUCCGAUUCCAAUGCGAGUUUCGUUGUAGAGGACGAGCAAAUGGAUCCUAAAGUUACUGAAACUUACAUGGGUGAAUGGAAAAACGAUAAAAGAUCAGGCUUCGGCAUUAGCGAGAGAUCCGAUGGUCUCAAAUACGAAGGUGAAUGGUAUGCGAACAAAAAAUACGGUUACGGUGUAACCACGUUUAGUAACGGGGAGAAAGAAGAAGGCAAAUACAAGAACAACGUCCUUAUAACGAGCCAAAAGAAGAAACUGUUUUUAAUGAGAUCAGCUAAAUUUAGGGAAAGAAUUGAUGCCGCGGUGAACGCCGCUCAAAGAGCAUCGAAAAUAGCGUUACAGAAAGCAGAUAUUGCGAUAUCGAGAACGGCAACGGCGAGAGGUAAAGCCGAACAAGCCGACUUAGCAGCUGCUCAGGCGAGAGAAGACUCCGACGUAGCCACUGCCGUUGCCAAACAAUAUGCGCCCGAUUUCAAACAACCGGGACUCGAAAGGCUGAAAGCUCGACAAAACAAGUACCAAAUCAACACAGACGUUACCUUAAACCAAAAAGAGAAUCCACAUAACCAAAUUCCAAAUCAAGUACCGMACCAAAUUCCCAACCAAAUACCGAAUCAAAUUCCCAACCAAAUACCUAAUCAAACGCCAAAUCAAGUAAACAAACCACUCUCGAAUCAAAUCAACCAAAUACCGAACCAAAUACCAAACAAACCACACAACCAAAGCUUGUACGGCGCCAAGCCGGACAACUAUCACCAACAACAAACCGUAGGUUUUAAUCUACAACAAAACCAAAACGCUUAUAAUAACACUAACAGUGUGUCCAACGAGUUCGGUCCGCAGCAAAACUUCUCACCGGACAAUAAAAUCACCAACGAAUUUCCCGGAAACAAGCCUCGGAAUUCUCUUCCUGCCGAGGAUAUCUCUCCGCAAGUGAGUUCGCUGCGGAGGGCGUCGAGACGGGUUUCCGGGGAUAGGCCGUACUUAGGAAACUUAGGUCAACAGUCUUCGAUAGAUCACUUUGAUCACUACAAAAGGCCUCCCAGUAGAGACUCGAGUGUAGAUAGAUACUCACGGGCGACGGGAAGGAUGAGUAGCACAGUCGGUUCCAGACAACCGUCAGUGGAGCGCUCGUCUCGUCCUUCCGAAACUCCUGAUAGAUCUUUACGAGCGCCGUCGGUCGCAAGAGGGACAACUCCGGUUCCAAGCAAUCCCAACACGAAGAACGGAUCGGUGUUGACCGGAAGUGCAGCGGGAAGUAACGCCAAGUUGGCUGGGAAUAAUCCCGGACAGCCACCGCCGUUUGAAGAAAUCAUCAUUCGGAAGCGAGGACUGGGCCAGGAUAUCAUUCCUUCUCCUAACCAACCGAAACGGACUGAAAGCCUAUUCAUUCCUGGAGCGCCAACGACGCAAGCGCCUAAGAAUCUGGUGACGCAGACUUCGUUGCAACGCAAGAAAUCACUGCCCGAUUUUCAGGAUCUGCCGAGGGCGACCGGUGCCAUGUCGAGGGAGGAGGUGUCCUAUCUUGGGUCGGCGCGCAGAGAGGAGGUUCGCCGCCAGGCCGAAGAGAAAGAACGACUUCGUGCCAAUCCGCUCCUCUACCUAGUCAGUCCGCAAGUGAAGGAUUGGCUCUCGCGCCAACAGCUGGUGAUUGUAGUGCUCUUCAUCAAUAUAUCGCUGGCCAUCAUGUUCUUCAAGCUACUAACAUAGUACAGGCUGGGCGUCAAAGGACGCGUGUUUCAGCCGAUUACCCACCAACUAGACAAUUGAUGAGAAUUGUAUAUUAGGACAUAUUUUUACAACACAUACCAAUGCACAGACUGGGUCAUGCUUGACUAAAGUGUCGACUAUUACUAUUCUAAUCGCGUGAUCUUGAAAAGCUGUGUUUGAGAACAUUUUCGCUGUUGGAGUUUUUCUCAGAUUUUAUCUACAGUUGUUUGUUUAUUUCAUCUUGUUCGCAUUUUGUUGUUAGUUACCUCUUACUAUUCGGAAAUUUGUUAUGUUUACUUCUCUCCCAUUUACCAAAUGGCGAUGUAAAUAAUUGUUAUGUUAGGUUUUAGACUAAAUAUUUUAUAAACAUGUACUUGCUUAGUGGUGUGGGGUGCUCUUGUUAGCAAACACAGACAAGGUGAAGCAAACAAAACUAAAUAAUUUAUCAUUAUAUUUGACUUGUUGUAAGCGUUUAGAGGCAAAAUAUAUUUAGUUGUAGCUUAUACCUAUAUCGUUCUCGGAUUUGAGCCCACAAUUUUAUCAKUGACAACUUUUGCGAAACKACUUAGUUAAACAUAAUUCCGCAAAGUUGGCGUCUUUAGGGCUCCAUCAUCCUUGACCAGGUCUCGGUGCCCGCACCYAAACAUUAUAAAAUACAGUUAUUUGGUUUUCUAGGUUAAACAAUUUCAUUUAAUCAAAAUAUUUUUGCGAAAUUUUACGGACACUGACACCUGCUCAUGAUGAAGUACUAAUAAUAUUUAAUUUUUUGUAAUUCUCUUGCAGGCGGGAGACAAAUUGGUUGUAGAUAUGGAAACGAAAUGUUUGUUUAAAAAUUCAAAUUUUAAAUGUUUAGCUCUUUUACAUAUGAAUUUAUAAAAAGUUUUCUAAACUAUUUUUGCGUGCCUUGUUCAACUUAAGUGAUUCGUAAAUACUAUUUGUAAUUAUGCAGACAUUUGUAUGAGCAUUAAACAAAAUUUCUAGAUUUAUAUGGAAUCGAAUGUGUAACGAUGUGUCUAUCACUUUAUAUUUUCAAUUAAAUAAAAAAGGGCUGACUGCAUUCUUCCCUUAGUCAUAUUGACUUUUA